CCUGGCACAGUCUGCCUGUGUAUCAACCACCGCGUUUCUGUCCUUGCAGAUUGAAUGCCAUCCGUACCUGACCCAGGAAAAGCUGAUCAAGUACUGUCAAUCCAAAGGGAUUGCUGUGACGGCGUACAGCCCCCUUGGCUCUCCCAACCGCCCGUGGGCCAAGCCAGGGGAACCCGUGCUGCUGGAUGAUCCCAAGAUUAAAGAGAUUGCAGUUAGACAUCAUAAAACCCCUGCCCAGGUUCUGAUCCGGUUUCUUGUCCAAAGAGACGUGAUUGUCAUUCCGAAGUCUGACAAACCACAGCGUAUUGAGGAAAACAUGAAGGUGUUUGACUUUGAAUUGUCUAAAAAGGAGAUGGACAGCAUCCUCAGCUUUAACAGGAACUGGAGGGCAGUUCCAGUGCUCCCAGCUGUCAAUCACAAGGACUACCCAUUCAAGGCAGAAUAUUAA